AUGUCGGAUCAGUCGCCUGCUUCGAAACGGCUCCGGUUGGGCUCGCUUGCGGACGGCUUCCGCAGUGGUGGAAGAAUACGUCCGUUCGCUGAUUUGAGUACGGGCCGUGCAGCUGAGCAGCAGCAGCAUGCCGCAGCACAGCAGACAGCCAUGCAAAUAAAUUCAGCGGGGCCCGCAGAGGCAGCUGCUGCAGAUACACAGCUGGAGGGGCAGCACCAGGGUGCUGAUGCUUCUGCUGCAGAAGUACGGGAGAGAUGGCGGCGGCAGAAAGCUGCACAGCGUGCGGCAGCCCUUCCUGAACUACGGUUGUGGCUUGCCGCCGGCCCCUAUCGCCAGCUCAAGUACCUUCCAGCGGCCGUCAUUGUGCGGCCUAUAAGCGGCCACAUCCCCGGCACCGUGCUGCAGGGCCUUGCAGACUACGCCAGCAGGGGUGGUGCCUUCAUCCUGUCACCCCGGGCGUCUUGCAUUGCCGAGGUCGACAUGCCUGCCGCCGGGUACGGCACCAUCACAAAGCAGAUCCGGCGCCUCAACGUACCGCUCGGCGACCGCCAGGCGGUCACCGAUUACUUCGUGCAAGGCCGCAGCUUCAAAGACGAGUGCUGGCUGGUGGAUCUCGCUGUCCCACCCAACGGCAUCAAGCGCGCCACCCUGUAUGUGCUGCUGACCCGCUUCAAGACGCUGGACCACGUCCGUCUGCUCCGGCCGCUCUACACUACACCGCACGAGCGCAAGAGGAUAAUCAAGCAGUUCCUCAGCGCGACUAACCUCGAGCCGGACCUGGCCGCCAACCUGCGCCUGCUGAAGCAGGCAGCGCGCGACACGGAGCACCGAUAUACGGCCGAGUUCCAGCAUGCGCGACAGCUGGAAGCGCGCUGGACCCCCUCGGCCCAGAGCUAG